AUGUGUUCUUUCAAUCAGCAGACCACAAAUCAGACACAAACAGAAUCUUUAUCUUCAUCUCCCAACACUGUGUCACCAGUGCCAUUAAGUAAUCUGACCAGUACUCCAAGGUUUGGAACAGUUACUCCAAAUCGCAUCUUUGUAGGAGGAAUUGAUUUUAAGACUAAUGAAAAUGAUCUGAGGAAGUUUUUUGCUCAGUACGGCAGUGUGAAAGAAGUGAAGAUAGUAAAUGACAGAGCUGGAGUAUCAAAAGGGUAUGGCUUUGUUACUUUUGAAACCCAAGAAGAUGCACAGAAGAUUUUACAAGAGGCUAAAAAACUUAAUUAUAAGGAUAAGAAAUUGAAUAUUGGUCCAGCAAUAAGAAAACAGCAAAUACGGGGUUCUCGUUCUGCUGCAAUACCAGAAGGUGGUACGAUGUACUUAACAACUUCAAGUGGAUAUCCCUAUAUUUACCACAAUGGAGUGGCCUAUUUUCAUACACCUGAAGUCACUUCUGUUACGCAGCCAUGGCCAUCGCGCUCAGUUUCCAGUUCACCUAUGAUGGUAGCGCAACCGGUUUAUCAGUCUCCUACCUACCAUUAUCAGGCACCAACACAGUGUCUUCCAAGUCAGUGGCAGUGGUCUGUUCCACAGUCUCCUCCCUCUUCACCUUCAUUGUUGUAUCUGCAACCAUCUGAAGUCAUUUAUCAGCCAGUAGGGAUUACCCAGGAAAGUGGAUGUAUACCACCUCCUCUUCUAGUGGAAGCUGCAGUUCCUGAGCUGUAUUCUGAUCAUGGAGUUCAAGCACCACAUCAGCAGCCUUACACCCAGAGUGCCAUAGCCAUGCCUGCCCCUGUGAGUAUCAAACUGAGAUAGUUAAAGCACUGUAGUCUUGCUGUCCCCCUUCUUGAAGUAAGAGAAGAGGGGCAGCGAUGGAAAGUCUUCUAUUAA